AUGGAGCCAGAUACCAUCGGUGACACCGUCAAGCGCAAAAAAAGACGAAGUUAUUACUCCGAGCUCGUUACCGGUGCACGCAGUCACGGCGAUGGGACAAACGAGGCGAUGGCGUCGAUGUUCGCUUAUGCGGGCCCGGAAAAAACAGCCUGGAACGUCUUUAAAAAGGCCGCCUCGCCGAUGGUCAAUUUGACGUCGAGACGCGUCACCGGUGGCUUGGCGCCCGAUCCCAGCCGAUGGCUGACUUUUCCCCAGGAUCCCUCGACCACAUUCCCCGUGCAAAGCCUCAAUCCAAAAGUACAAAUGACCAUCGAGGCCGAGCCUCGCCACCUGGUGCUGAACGUCGAGCGCGAACGGCGCCGUCGACAGUACGAACACUUCAAGCUCGCGCGCAUAUUGGACGAGAAAGGCAUGCAGAUCGAGGACAUCAUUCGCGACAGCUAUCUGGGCCUCGAGCUGUUCGACGACGAGGAGUACGACUGCCGUACGCCCCAAGAGUGGCUGCGAUUGGGACAGAUCGACGGCAAGCAGUAUCCGCUUCCGGCCGAGGCUCUUCUACCUUUGUCCAGCGAGGACGAGGCCGUUGCCGACGAGCAUCGCCAGGCCUCGUACGAUUGGCAAUUGGUCGCCGUCGAGGCUUACGAGCCCGACACGAGGCUCUGGAGCUUGAAGAUCUUGUGCGAGAAGCCGCGAUACUAUCGACUGCCGCGCAUCUAUCUGCGCUUUCUCGCCGAGGAUCCGCGCGUGUUCGCUUCGAGGGUCGAGGCGGCGUUGCUCGCGCGAAUCGACGCCGAGCUCGAGAUACUGUACAAUUUGCAGCUCGACUGCACUAGUCUGGACGAGAUGCAGGCCAUGAGUCCCGACGACGAAACGGCGAUAUUAGAGCGACUGGCAGAUAGCAGUGGGUACUCGCACGAGGCGAUGGGAGAAAGAGCUUCGAUGGCGAUGAAGGAGGUCGAUCGUAAUUACCGACGAACCAUGUGCGACCUGAUCUAUCGCGAUUCAUUCAAAAGCGAGCACCCGAACUUUCGUCCCGAGCCCGAGCAAUCUUAUUGCAAAGCCAUCGUCAUCAAGAGAAUUCCGCAUUUCAACCGGGUCAAAGAGCUUUACCACUGGACGACCCUCUAUGUUUACCCGGAAGUCUAUCAAGCUCUGCUGCUCAUACUCGACGAGUGUCGCAACGUCAGCGCUAAAUCUCUCUUCGACGUCGACGACGAGCCCGUCGCCGUAGCAGCUGAUUCAGCAGCAGCAGCGAUGGAGGAAACAACGAACGUCGCGGCGGCGGCAGCCCUGCCUUUGGAGGCGUACGAGGCCAAACAGUUGGAGCGCACCCGCGAGACGAUCGAUUAUCUGACCCGGGACUGGAUCAACAAUACGGUGCAGAUACUGGAGGAUCGAGUCGGGGCCUGUGGCAAGGGCUGGUUCGAUCUCAAUCAGAGCCAUCACGACGUUUACGAGUUCAUGAAGCUCAAACGAUUGAUGGAGCUCGUCAAGCAGUGCAUGGAGACGGCCCUGCAAACGCUGAUCGACGCCUCGUCCCUGCGAUACGUCACGAGUCUGGAAUCGCCGACUCUGUGCCUGCAGCACCUCAACGACGAGUCUCACGCUUGGGAGGAGGCUGAUCUGAAAAGCCCGCGGCUCACCUCGGAUUACCCCGCGAUAUUCGAAAUCGAGCUCUACAUGGACAAGGACAAGCCCCAUUACACCACGGAUUUGGAUUUGUUUAGACACAACAACAACAACAACAACAGCAACAUCUCUUUCUCCCUUUCCUCCUCCCCUGGGCAGGAAAAAUUGAGCGGCAUUUAUUCGAACGCCCUCAAGCUGUGCCAAUCCAUCCGCCAAGUUCAUCCGUUGGUGCUGAAAAAUUUGAAAUUUCCCCAAAAUCUAUUCGUCAAGCCGCUGAACCUGGUCGAUCAGACCGAGCUCAUCGAGGAGGUCUAUCGCAGGCUGGAUCGAGCUUACGCCAAGGCCGUGAUCCCGCUGCGCGCCUACAUCAAGAGAUACGAGAAAUAUCGCGAGCUCUAUUUGCUGAACGUAGACGAGUACAUCGAUAACUUUUUCAACGAGGAAUUUACAGUCUCGCAAUUCAAGGAGGAGAUCUCGCGUCAGCGCGAGCUGCGCGCCAAGAUUGCCGAGCAGAUACCCGAGCGGCUCGGCAUCGGGCCCUUCGUCGUGGACGUGCGCAAGCUGCGAGCCGAGCUGCAGAAAAAGCACGAGGACAUCGUCGACGGGCUUCUGGUGGCCUACGUCGAGCGUCUCGCCGUCCAGGUCGGACAAAUAUUGGCCGAGUUCGAGGGGAUGAUGGACCGGCUGAGCGAGCAGCCGAUCGACAUUGAGCAGCUGUUCGAGAUGAGGGAGUACAUGAACGCGGUGCCGUUGGCCGUGGCGAAUCUCACGGAGCAGCUGCAGAGGCUGAAGAUCGAGUACGACGUGUUGGAGCAUUUUUGUUACAAUUUGUCGGACGACGAUUUCAAUGCCUUUUGGUCAGCGAGGAGAUAUCCAACGAGGAUACUCAGAAUAAUCGACGAGACGAGCAAAGUCCUUCUCGAGCUUGAAAAAGAAGUAUUCUACAAAGUCCAACUCGAGGAUCAGAUACAGAUCAACGACCGUAUCGACUUCGUGAUGGGCGCGAUGACCGGUAUCGCCAUCCAAAACGAUCUGGCCAAGGUCUACGAGAUCGCCAAGGAGGUGAAAAACGUCGGCAAGCUCAUCCGCGAGGUGCAGGAGUUCGGCCUGAUGCUCAACGCGAGACAAAAACUGUUCGGCAUGCCCGUGGUGCCUUUCGAAAAAAUCACGAUGCUCGUCAAGAGCUUCGAGCCUUAUCAGAAUUUCUGGCUGACGGCCGACGACUGGACGAAGCGUCACGACGAGUGGAUGAACAAGCCGAUGGUGAAGAUCGACGGUGCCGAGAUCGAGGGUGUGGUGAACGAGAUGUACAAGACAAUCGUCAAGUGUACGAAGAUGUUUCCCGAGCAACCGGAAAUGACGGAUUUGGCCCUGGAAGUUAAGCAGCAGAUCGAGAAAUUCAGACCGUAUAUCGGUAUCAUACAGGCCUUGACGAAUCCGGGCAUGAAACCGAGACAUUUCGAGGAGUUGUCCAGAAUCGCCGAGACGGACAUGAGCAUGAGUCCCGAGCUGACGUUUCAAGAUCUGCUGGAAAACGAUAUAUUGAGCCUGGAAGAGACGAUCAAGGAGAUCUCCGAAACGGCGGCGAGAGAAUUCGCGAUCGAGAGAUCGCUGGAAAAGAUGAGGACAGCCUGGGAGACGCUGCAGAUGGACGUGGUGCCUUACAAGGACACGGGCACUUACAUCAUGAAAAUAGCCGACGAGACGAUGCUGCUCUUGGACGAUCACAUCCUGAGCACGCAGCAGAUCAGCUUCAGCCCGUUCAAGGGCGCCUUCGAGGAGGACAUAGACGUGUGGACGGCCUCGCUGAAGCUCACUCAGCAGGUGACUCUGCUGUGGGGCGAGGUGCAAAAGAUAUGGAUGUAUUUGGAGCCGAUUUUCGCCUCGGAGGAUAUAAGCCGUCAAUUGCCGGUCGAGUCGAAAAAGUACAACACCAUGGAGCGCAACUGGCGCAGAAUCAUGCUGCAGGCGUUUGAAAAUCCACUCAUCAUGGAAAUAUGCCCCGACCAAAUGCUGCUCGAGAGCUUGCGCGAAUGCAUGAACCUGCUCGAGGUAGUGCAAAAAGGCCUGGCCGAUUAUCUCGAGAGCCGUCGCAUGAUAUUCCCUCGCUUCUUCUUCCUGAGCGACGACGAACUGCUGGAGAUCCUGGCUCAAGCCAAGAACGUCAAGGCCGUGCAACCGCACCUGAAAAAAUGCUUCGAGAACAUGCACGGGCUGCGCUUCGAGAAGAGCCUCUGGAUCACGCGCAUGUACUCGGCCGAGGGCGAGGAGGUCGCCCUGCAGGCCCGCAUCUAUCCGGACGGCGGCGUCGAGCACUGGCUCGGCAAAGUCGAGGAGGCGAUGCGCAACACCGUCCGAUACAAGAUCAGUCAGGCCGUGAAAAACGUGGAGAAGCUGCCGAGAAAGAAGUGGGUGUUUCUGUGGCCGGGCCAGGUGUCGCUGUGCGUGGGCCAGAUGUCCUGGACGGCUCACGUGGAGAAAGCCAUCGGCGACAGAAAUCUCGCGGGUUACUUCAAGAUCAUGAUGCAACAGCUCGACGAUCUGAGAAAUUUGGUGCGCGAGCAGCGUACCGACAUCGAGCGCAUGAUGCUCGAGGCCAUCAUCACGAUCGAGGUGCACGCCCGGGACGUGACGCAGAAGCUCGUGGAGACCCGCGUGAGGAGCGUCAACGACUUCGACUGGAUCUCGCAGCUGCGUUACUACUGGGUGGACGAUGCCCACUUGAAGGUGCGAGCCGUCAAUGCCGAGUUUCAAUACGGUUACGAGUACCUGGGAAACAACGGCCGACUCGUGAUCACUCCCCUGACGGAUCGCUGCUAUCUCACUCUCACCGGUGCUCUGCAUCUGAAAUUCGGCGGCGCCCCCGCAGGGCCCGCCGGUACCGGCAAGACCGAGACCACCAAGGAUCUGGCCAAGGCCUUCGCCAUUCAGUGCGUCGUGUUCAAUUGCUCGGACCAACUGGACUUCAUGUCGAUGGGCAAGUUCUUCAAGGGCCUCGCCUCUUCCGGCGCCUGGGCUUGCUUCGACGAGUUCAAUCGUAUCGACAUCGAGGUGCUCUCGGUCAUUGCCCAACAAAUAAUGACGAUUCAACGGGCACAGAUGGUUGGCGCCGAUAGGUUUUACUUCGAAGGAACCGAGCUGAGCUUGCGAGCUUCUUGCGCCGUCUUCAUCACCAUGAAUCCGGGCUACGCCGGUCGCACGGAACUGCCGGACAAUCUCAAAGCUCUGUUUCGGCCUGUCGCCAUGAUGGUGCCGAAUUACGCUCUCAUCGCCGAGAUCUCGCUGUUCUCGUGCGGCUUCGGCGAGGCCAAGUCUCUGGCGGCCAAGAUCACGGCCACGUUCAAAUUGAGCUCCGAGCAGCUGAGCUCUCAAGAUCAUUACGAUUUCGGCAUGAGGUCCGUGAAAACGGUGAUUCUAACCGCGGGUAUUUUGAAGCGAGAGCAAAAGGACAUGGCCGAGCAGCAGAUCUGUUUGAGAGCUCUGAGAGACGUCAACGUGCCCAAGUUCUUGAAGGACGACUUGAUAUUGUUCAACGGUAUCACGUCCGAUCUGUUCCCGAGAGUCGAGGAAAAAGUCAUCGAUUACGACGAGCUCAUCGGAGCUAUUCACAAGUCUAUCAAGGAAAUGAAAUUGGCCGUAGUUGGAGAAUUUGUACACAAAGUCAUUCAACUCUACGAGACAACAAUUGUACGCCACGGAUUAAUGUUAGUCGGGCCUACAGGCGCUGGUAAGACUCGGUGCUACGAAGUCCUGAAAAAAGCGAUCACUCGCCUGAAGGGCAGAGUUCAGCCCAACGGCAAGCCUUACACGCCCGUACACACGUACGUGCUCAAUCCAAAAUCCAUCACGAUGGGCCAGCUCUACGGCGAAUACGACCUCGGCACUCACGAGUGGACGGAUGGCAUACUCUCGACUCUGAUCAGAGACGGCAGUGCCGCUACGGACGACGACAAACGAUGGUACGUCUUCGACGGGCCGGUCGACGCGGUUUGGAUAGAAAACAUGAACACCGUCCUGGAUGACAACAAGAAGCUUUGCCUGACCUCGGGCGAGAUAAUGCGACUGUCGCCCUGCCAGACGAUGAUGUUCGAGGUCGAGGAUCUGAGGGUUGCGUCGCCGGCUACGGUUUCGAGAUGCGGUAUGGUUUACAUGGAACCACAGGGCCUGGGCAUCGAUCCGUUUAUCGACUGUUGGAUUAAACAAUUGCCCGGGGCAAAGCUGUCGGACUUGACUUACUUCUUCGUUAUACCGGGGCUGCAGUUCUUACGCGCCAAUCUCAAGGAGUUGGUAACGAGCAUCGAUUCGGGAUUAGUGAUCGCCUACUCGAACGUAAUGAAUUAUUUGAUCGGCACCAUUAAGUAUCAAGAGGAAAUGAUUUUUCCAGCUUAUCUGUUUGAGCCCUGGUCAGCGUUCGCCCUCACGUGGAGCAUCGGGGCUACUUGCGAUGCGGAAGGUCGCUACUUAUUCAGCGAGUGGCUGCGGCAUAAACAAGAGGCCGGCGAGCAUCGGCUUCUCUUUCCCCCGGAGGGCUUGGUUUACGAUUAUCGUUUGGACAUGGAUAAUCCGAACAGCGAGAGAGAUCUCAUGAAGUGGGUGAAAUGGCACGACGACUUGCCGUCCAUUACGAUAAGACCGGAUCAACAAUUUUCAGACAUCGAGAUUCCCACGGUCGAUAUGGCACGUAGCACGGCGCUGAUACAUUAUCUGCUGACGACCGAGUGCAACAUUCUGUGCGUCGGGCCGUCGGGCAGCGGCAAAACGCUGACCGUGGCCGCCAAGCUGUCGCGCGAGAUGCCCAGCAAGUACAUCUGCGAGUUCAUCAUAUUCUCGGCGAGGACGUCGGCCAAUCAGACUCAGGAUCUGAUCGACAGCAAAUUAGAUAAGCGUCGCAGGGGAGUGUAUGGGCCGCCGCUCACCAAGAAACAGAUAUUUUUCAUCGACGACCUGAACAUGCCGGCACUGGAGACUUACGGCGCCCAGCCGCCCAUCGAGCUGUUGCGUCAGUACAUGGAUUUCAAGGGCUGGUACGACAGGAAGGAGAUCGGCGACUUCCGGCACAUCGAGGACGUUAACGUAAUAAGUGCCAUGGCACCGCCCGGAGGCGGUCGCAACCCCGUCACGGCUCGUCUUCUCAGGCACUUCCAUUUCAUUGCCUUCCCGGACAUGGACGAGAGCGCAAAGCGCGGAAUUUUCGGCACGAUCCUGACUUCUUGGCUGUCGAGGACAGCAUUCCAGGACGUGUUCCUGGAGCCCUUACUAAGCGGAUCGCUACGCGUGUUCGCGAUAGUUAGCAGCGAAUUUCUCCCUACGCCGAGCAAAUCGCACUACAGCUUCAACGUGCGAGACUUCGGCAAAGUUUUCCAGGGCAUACUCAUGGCCGAUCCGGCGCACAUCAAGCAAGUGGACGAUCUGAUGCAGCUCUGGUAUCACGAGAGCUUUCGGGUCUACAGCGAUCGCCUGACCAACGACGCCGACAGGCAGAGAUUCCAGAAUAUACUGCUGCAGACGCUGGUCGAGGAAUUUCAUUACGACGCGAAUCGCGCGAGGCGCGAGGGCGUCCUGUACUACGGCGACUUUUGUAAUCCGGAGGGUCGCUACGAGCGGGUGCGCGACGCGAAAAAGAUGGAAAGAGUCCUCAUGGAAAUGUUGGAGAAUUACAAUAGCCAGACGACGGUGCCGAUGAAUCUGGUAUUAUUCCAAGACGCCAUGAAUCACGUGUGCCGAAUAACCCGCGUGCUGCGACAAUCGCCGGGCAAUGCCCUCCUUCUCGGCAUGGGUGGCUCGGGCCGACAGAGCUUGACCAAGCUAUCUACUCACAUCGCCGAGUACAUCUGCUUCCAAAUUGAAUUGAGCAAGACUUACGGGGUGCGCGACUGGCGAGACGACGUCAAGGAUAUCCUCUUGAAGACGGGCUUGAAGCCCGGCACGCAGUCCGUCUUUCUGUUCUCCGAUACCCAAAUAAAGAGCGACGUGUUCCUCGAGGACAUCAACAACAUACUCAACAGCGGCGACGUGCCCAACAUCUAUCAGCCCGACGAGCUCGACAAGAUCUUCCAGGCGAUGCGCGCCCGGGUGCAGGAGUCCGGCCUCCAGAUCAAUCGCAGCAAUCUGCUCUCGGCCUUUCGCAAAGUCGUGAAGAACAAUCUGCACGUCGUGCUCACGAUGACACCCAUCGGUGAGCUUUUCCGGGCACGCAUCAGGCAGUUCCCGGCGCUGAUCAAUCUCUGCACGAUCGACUGGUUCGAUCCGUGGCCCGACAGCGCGCUCCAAAACGUGGCGAUGCACUUCCUGCAGAACGUAAAGGACGAGGCGUUCACGGACAGCGUCAUGAAGUCCAUCGUGAAAACCUGCCAGUUCAUGCACUCGAGCGUCAUCAAAGCCAGCUCGGAUUUUCUACAAGAACACAGUCGUCACAAUUACGUAACGCCCACGUCUUAUCUGGAGCUGAUCUCCAGUUACGGUCACUUGCUGGCUAAAAAGAGAAACGAGCUGAAUCUCGGGAUAUCAAGAUUGUCGACGGGCUUGGAACGUUUGGCCGAGACGGAAAUCGAGGUCAAAGAUAUGCAGGUGCUUUUGGAAAAAAUGAAGCCCGAGCUGGAGGAGGCCGCGAUCGAGACCCAGGCCAUGAUCGUGCAAAUACAAAAAGAUACCGCCGUGGCUGAGAUCGCGCGCCAAGAGGCUGCAGCCCAGGAGGAGGAGGCCAGCAAAUUAAAAAUGGAAAAUCAAGCCAUACGCGACGAAGCCGAAUACGAUCUCAGUAAAGCUCGACCGAUGCUGCAGGCUGCGGAAGAGAGCCUGAAAGCAUUGAAUAAAGCCGACAUAACCGAGGUGAAAGCCAUGAAAAGGCCACCGGUGGGAGUCGUGCUCGUUAUCGAGGCGAUUUGCAUUGUGAAGAAAGUAAAACCUUUGAAGGUUGCUGGGGAGCGUCCCGGUGAGAAGCUCAACGAUUACUGGACACCGGGUAGCGCUCUGCUCUCCGACGCCGGUCACUUUCUCUCCUCGCUGGAGAAUUACAACAAAGAGGACCUGAACGAGGACAUGAUCAAGAGUCUGAAGGGCUACAUCGAGAAUCCGGACUUUCAGCCGGCCAAGGUCGCCACGGUGUCCAAAGCCUGUCACUCGCUGUGCUUGUGGGUGCACGCCAUGUACAAUUAUUACUUCGUGAACGAGCGCGUGAAGCCGAAGAUGCAGGCGCUGAGAGAGGCCGAGGAGGGCUUGAGACAGACCGAGCUCACUCUGGCGGCGGCGGUGGACAAGUUGCGCCAGGUCGAGGCCGGGGUGGAGCUGCUGCAGGCCAAGUUCAGGCGCGGCGAGGCCAAGCAGGCCGAGCUCGAGCGACAGAAGCAGCUCUGCGAGGAUCGCAUGUCCCGCGCCGUACGACUCAUCGGGGGCCUGGCCGAGGAGAAGGUGCGCUGGGCCGAGACGGUGGCCCUGAUUCGACACGAUCUCAAAAAUAUCAUCGGCGACAUUCUCCUGUCCGCCGGUGCCAUAGCCUACCUCACGCCCUUCAUGGACACCUAUCGCAAACGCCUGCUCACCUCGUGGUAUCGCACCCUGGGCAAGAACGUGCCGCACACCCCGGGCUGCUCGCCCGUCUCCGUCCUCGGCGACCCCGUGGAGAUACGUCGCUGGCAGAUCGAGGGUCUGCCCCGCGACUCCCUCAGCGUCGAGAACGCCGUGCUCGUUACCAAUUCGAAGCGAUGGCCGCUGUUCAUCGAUCCCCAGGGACAGGCCAAUCACUGGAUACGCAAUUCGGGCAAACAGGGCGGACUGUCGAUAGUGCGCAUGAACGACAAGGACCUGCUGAGGGUGAUCGAGAGCUGCAUACGAUUCGGCCGCACCUGCCUCAUCGAGAACGUGGGCCUGGAGUUCGAGGCGUCGUUGGACACGGUCCUCAUGCGGACGCUGUUCCGCCAAGCCGGUGUGCUCAGUCUCAAGAUCGGCGAUAACAUAGUACCCUACAGCCCGGACUUUCGACUGUUUCUCACGACCAAGCUGCCGAAUCCUCACUAUCCACCCGAGAUCGCGGUCAAGGUGCUGCUGGUUAAUUUCACCCUGACGGCUAGUGGCUUGGCCGAUCAGAUGCUGUCCCUCGUGGUCAUGCAAGAGUGUCCGGACUUGGAAGAGACUCGCAGCGCUUUGAUCGUUUCCAGCGCCGACAUGAAGCGAGAAUUGAGGGAUAUCGAGGACAGGAUAUUGCAACGACUCUCGUCGUCGGAGGGCUCCGCCGUGGACGACGUCGAUCUCAUAUUAACCCUCGAGGCGUCGAAAGUCAAAAGCGAAGAAAUCAAGAUAAAAGUGAAAUCGGCGGAAGUGACCCAAGUGGAGAUCGAGGCCGCGCGAUCGCUCUACAUACCGAUCGCCGAGCGGGCGCAAAUUCUGUUCUUCUGCCUGCUGGAUUUGCAGCUGGUUGACACCAUGUAUCAGUACUCGCUUCAGUGGUUCAUACAGAUUUUCAUCAAUGCCAUGAGAACCUCGCCGAAGAACGAGAACGUUGAAAUACGAGUGUCGAGCAUCAAUGAGAAUCUCACGUUCUCCCUGUUCACCAACGUCUGCCGCAGCCUGUUCGAGAAGCACAAGCUGCACUUCGCCUUUCUCCUCUGCGUGCGCAUCCGCAUGAAAGACAAUCUCAUCGAUCCGGACGAAUGGAGAUUUCUACUGUCCGGAUCCACUCCCCUGAAGGAAGAGCAGAAUCCCGCGCCCCAGUGGCUGACUCAGCGCAGCUGGUCGGAAAUACAAUCCCUCGAAGCUCUGCCGAAAUUUCGCGGCUUCGCGGCCUCCUUCAAAAGUCUUCUGGCGAAAUUUAAGAUCAUUUUCGACUCGCAGCAGCCCGAGGCCGAAAAGUUGCCCGACAAAUGGGAUCAAAAGCUCGACGACUUUCAAAAGAUGCUGGUGCUGAAGUGCCUGCGCCCGGACAAGGUAACCAUCUCCAUGCAGCACUACAUCAUCGCGCAUCUGGGCGGUCGCUUCGUCGAUCUGCAGUCGUCGGGCCUCGAGGCCAUCUACAAGGAGUCCUCGCCGACGACCCCGCUGAUCUUCGUGCUGUCCAGCGGCACCGAUCCCGCGGCGGAGCUGGCCAAGUUCGCCGACAAGCUGAAAAUGUCGCGCAAGCUGUACUCGAUGUCACUGGGUCAGGGCCAAGGGCCGCGCGCCGAGCUCAUGCUCAAACAAUCGAUCGAAGUCGGUAAUUGGCUCUUCUUUCAGAAUUGCCAUCUGGCGCCGAGUUGGCUGCCGCGACUCGAGCUGCUCGUCGAAAAUCUGCCCGACUCGACUCAUCGAGAUUUCCGCCUCUGGCUCACGUCGAUGCCCUCGGCCGCCUUCCCCGUCAGCAUACUGCAGAACGGCAGCAAGAUGACGAUCGAGCCGCCUCGCGGCGUCAAGGCCAACGUCAUGCGCGCCUACACGAGCCGCGUCGUCGAGUUCCAGGAGUUCCUCGAGUCGGAGAGCGCUAAGGUCGACGCGUUCAAGUGUCUCGCCUUCUCGCUCUGCCUGUUUCACGCGAUCCUCCUCGAGCGACGCAAAUUCGGCCCGCUGGGCUUCAACAUUCCGUACGAGUUCACCGACGGCGACUUCACCAUAUGCCUGUCGCAGCUGCACAUGUUUCUGCUGGAGUACGCCAGGACGCCCUACGAGGUCUUGAUCUACACGGCCGGCCACAUAAAUUACGGGGGCCGGAUAACGGACGACUGGGACAGGCGCUGCGUGCUGACGCUGCUGCACAACUUUUACAACGAGUCGGUGCUCGAGACGGGCCACUGCUUCGACCCGAACGAGCUUUACGUUCAACCUCCCCCGGAAAGCACGACUUUCCUCGACUACGUGAAUCUGAUCAAAGGUUUCCCGAUCAACGACGUGCCGGGCCUGUUCGGGCUGCACUCGAAUGCAGACAUAAGUUACGCCCAGGCCGAGACCUACGCCUGCUUGAAUACGCUGCUGGAGCUGCAGCCGCGCGAGAUCGGCGGCAGCGUCAAAGCCAUGGACGAGGUAACGAGCAAUUUGGCUCGUGCUAUACUCUCGGGUCUGCCGGACAAGCUCGAUUUGAGAGCCAUUCAGAAACGAUAUCCCGUGUCGUACGAGGAGUCGCUCAACAGCGUGCUGUACCAGGAGGCGGCGCGCUACAACGUGCUGCUGGACGAGAUGCGCAAGAGCCUGAGUGAUUUGUUGCGGGCGCUGCAGGGCCUCGUCGUGCUGUCCGAGACAUUGGAAGCUAUGGCCUCGGCCAUGUUCAGCAACAGAGUGCCCAACAAUUGGACCAACAAGGCUUUCUCGUCGCUCAAACCUUUGGGAGCAUGGAUGGAGGAUUUGAAGGAGAGGGUGAGAUUUAUCAGAAAGUGGCAGGACAAUGGCAUACCCGCGUCCUUCUGGAUCUCGGGCUUUUACUUUCCUCAAGCUUUCUUGACCGGGACUCUGCAGAAUUACGCGAGGAAGUACGGGGUUUCCAUCGAUUUGAUUGACUUUUCUUUCAAGGUCCUCGCGCAGAAACCGAAAACACGCCCCGACGACGGCUGCGUCGUUUACGGCCUCUUCCUCGAGGGAUGUCGCUGGGACGGCACUUCCCUGGCCGAGUCUCGGCCCAAGGAGCUGUUCACGAGCAUGAAACCGAUGCUGUUUCUGCCCGAAGUCAAUCACAAGAAGCCCGAGAGCGGCUUCUACGAGUGCCCGGUUUACAAGACGGUGGUCAGGGCCGGCACGCUGAGCACCACCGGCCACUCGACCAACUUCGUUCUGCCCGUGGAGAUACCCUGCCGAGAGUCGCCCUCGCACUGGAUCAUAAGGGGCGCAGCGCUCAUUUGUUCUCUCGACUUCUGA